AUUUCAUAAUACCACGUAUCACGUGAUAUUGAUUUUAUUUAAGUACAAGUUUGGCAGCUCUACGCUGCCGUAGCUCACAGACUAAUAAAAGAAGGUCAUUGAGAGAAACAAAAUAUACUUUUAGAAAACGGACCAUUAUAGUAAAACUAAAGUAAUUCCAGAGAGAUAGUGUACUGGGAAUCAGCAGCACUUUCAGUAGCUCCAUAAGCCCCCAUUCAGCUCAGAUCAACAGGAAACACGCGCGCUUCAACUUCCUGUUUCAGGAGCAGCGCUAAAAAGAAAAACAGAUGACCGUCUGUGCGCCUUUAUUCAUACGCUGUGACGUCUUACUUACUGCCUCACCAUGAGGAAGUGGGAGGAUCGCCUGAAAAAGGUGGAGGAGCUCGCCCAGAGUUUUGAGAGAAAUCCACUGACCACAGGCUACAAGCCGCGUCUAUGGCCCUGUCAGCCUGCAUCUGUGUGGAAGCUCUUCCCCCGCCAGAGCAUGGCCAUCCACUUUGCAAAGACCUGCAAAGAGGCGGUACAUGUUUUUGCUUUGGAGAAAGAGAACUCGCUUGGGCAGAGGAUGUUCCUGGUUACCAGUUACAGUGAGCUGUGGCAUUACUACAGGACUUACCCACAGUCACUGAUGCACUGCUAUGAAGUGAUACCAGAGGGAGCGGUUUGUAAGCUCUAUUUUGACCUAGAGUUUCACAAGCCUUCAAACAUCAGGGCCGAUGGCCAACGUAUGGUGUCUUUACUUAUUCAGUAUGUGUGUGCGAAGCUGAAGGGGACAUAUGGGAUUGAUUGCUCUGUGCAUAAUGUUCUUAAUCUGGAUUCAAGCACAGAUGACAAAUUCAGUCGACAUCUUAUCUUUAACCUCCCAAACGCAGCCUUCAAAGACAACAUCCAUGUUGGCAGAUUUGUUCAUAAAAUCUUGGAACCUAUAUCUUCAUUGCCAAAAAACAGCUUACAUGAAAAGGAUCCAAUAAUGAUUGCUGAUAAAAUAUCUGAUGAACCAAAGACUAAAAAACACAAAUCUGAAGGCAAAGACCUCAGCUUCCUUCUCGUUAAAAAACAGGAUGGGGAGGCUUGCCUUUUUGUUGAUCUUGGUGUUUACACAAAGAACAGAAAUUUUCGCCUUUACAAGUCGUCAAAGGUGGGUAAAAAUGCUGCUUUUAUUCUGGCAGAUGACAAUAAGUUCUCACCAAAACAUGAGAAGGGUGUUUCUGUGGAACAGGGAAUAUUCCUGGCUUCAUUAAUCUGCAAUAUGAGUUUUACAGGCCAAAAGAUUCUUACCUUCUCAGAAGAAACUGAGGCCAAUAAAACAGGAAGGAUACAGCAGGCACCAGGUUUUAGGAAAGCAUCUCCACUUUCUGGCUGCGUGUCAUCGCCUCAUCAAGAGCUGGACCAAUUUGUUUUAUCUUUGGUUCAAAAAGACGGGAUCCAAGGAUGUAUCAGACGAUGGCACUAUUUUGCUGCUGACCAGUUGCUUGUUUAUGACAUUGCCAACUUCCGUUGGUGUGAAAAUGUGGCCAGAUUUCACAAAAGCAACAACAUCUUGAUUAUUGUGGAUCUCAGAGAGGAAGUGUGGUAUCAGAAAUGCCAUGAUCCUGACUGCAAGAACUUCAGAUCUUCAAGUUACCCACUGCCACAGGACAUAUGCAUAAGUUAUCUCAUUGAACUGGAUGAGGAAGACCAGUUGUACCUGAUGGAUGACAGUGGCAAUAUUGAACUGAGCCAGGGACCAACUAAACAGCCACCGUUGCCCCAGACAGCUACAGAGCUGCCGGAGAAGACCUCUGCAGACAGCUGGGACAAUAUACAGGAUGACCAGGACUUUCUGGAGAGUCUAGAUGCCUUUGAACAAAACCAGGAGCUUCCAGAUGAGCUACUUUUGAAAUGUAUGGAUGAGUAUGACUCCUAAUAAAGGGGGAGUAUUAUCCAAAAACGAAUGCACAAAUUUGACAGUAUAUUGUUUUUAAGUGUUGUAUAAUGUAAUAUUUGUGUACAGAAGACUUUGAUGAAGAAUGUACAGUUUAAAAAUGUAAUUAGAAUUGUGUUAUAUCUAUAUUUUUGAAUUUGCCUGAAUAUUAUACAAUGUGUUUGUAUCUUAUCUAUAAAACAACCAUCCACCGUGGUAACAUCAUUUGGUG